AGCUUGACAUUCACUGAGCACCACAGCUGCAGAGACCAUCGUGCCAGAAAACAAACAAGCCCGUUCAGAGGAAGCUGCAGUGCGCGACGUGGGCUAGCCUGAAAAAGUCAGCAGGGGAAGAAGAAGAGAUGUCGUCGGUAACGAUCGGAGAUGUGACCCUGUCCGAGGAGGAGCUGCAAGAUGGCUUCAGCGCCGAGACUAUCUUCGCGACCCCGGGAUCUAGGGGGUUCACGUUCGACGAUAUCAUCGCGCUGCCGGGGUCCAUCGACUUCGGUGUGGAGGAGGUCGCUCUCGACACGCGCAUCACAAGAAACAUACCCAUGGCGUUUCCGUUCGCGUCUGCAGCGAUGGACACGGUGACCGAGAGCAAGAUGGCCAUCGCGAUGGCGCUGCAGGGGUGCAUCGGCGUCCUUCACGCCAACUGCCCGCCCCAAGAGCAAGUGAAGCUGGUGCAAAGGGUGAAGGGUUACGAGAACGGUUUCAUCUCUAACCCGGCGGUGAUGUCUCCGACGUGCACCGUGGCCGACCUGGACGACCUCAAGGCGGAGAGAAACAUAUCGGGGGUACCCAUCACCGAGGACGGGUCGAUAGGGUCUAAGCUAGUCGGUCUGUGCACAAAGAGAGAUCUGGACCUUGUUGAUGAGAGGCACGAGCCGCUGUCGGAGCACAUGACGCCCGUAGAUGAUCUGAUCUUGGGGAGGGAGGGGUGUUCCCUGGAGGAAGCGCAGGAGAUCAUCAAGGUCUCCAAGAAGGGCUACCUGCCAAUCGUGGACGCCGAGGGUAACCUCUGCGCCUUGACCACACGCACCGACCUCCUGAAGACGAGGGACUUCCCGCACAGCACCAAGGACCCGCUGACCGGCAAGCUGAGGGUUGCUGCUGCCGUAGGAGCGGGCCCAGACGACCGGGACCGCAUCGCGAUGCUUGUGGAGGCCGGGGUGGACGUGCUGGUGAUCGACGAGAGGAACGGAGAUACCACGGAACAGAUUGAUCAGGUUCGUCACAUCAAGGCCAAGUACCCCAAGGUGGACGUGAUCGGCGGCAACGUGGUCACCCGCAGCCAGGCGUUAGCUCUGCUGGACGCCGGUGUGGACGCUGUUCGCGUGGGCAUGGGCGCGGGUUCCGUGUCGACAACACAGCAGGUACGAGCCGUCGGGCGAGCCCAGAUCUCGGCGGUGUACCACGUGAGCAAGCUGGCGCGCGCGUACGGAGUCCCUGUCAUCGCGGACGGAGGGAUCAUGAACACGGGGUGCGGGAUCAAGGCGCUGGGCAUGGGCGCGAGCGUUCUGAUGAUGGGGUCCCUCCUGGCGGGGACGGAGGAGGCCCCCGGGGAGUAUUUCUACCAGCAGGGCAUGCGGCUCAAGCACUACCAUGCCUUGACCAGCGUCGAGUCCCAGCAGAAUGCUCGCGCUCGCGACGCAGCCAUGGCCGCGGCGAAGGGGACGUCGGGGGUUAGCGGUGUGGUGGUGGACAGGGGAAGCCUGCACAGAUUCGUGCCCUACAUGGCGCAGUCCGUCAGGCACGGCUUCCAGGACAUGGGAGUCAAGUCUCUCGCCGACCUUCACGCCGAGGUGUACGAAGGGACGAUCCGGUUCGAGGUCCGCUCGCCGUCGGCCCAGAAGGAAGGCGGGGUACAUGACCUGCACUCGUACUCGCGAAAGCUCUACGCUUGAAGGGAAAUUCGGGUGGUAUAGGUUUGAAUCUCUUCGCUUGAAGAGGUCUAGACUAUAGGCUCGAAGCUCCACGCUUGAAGCGUGCCCGAACGUGUCGCGGAUGGAGAGUUGGUGGCCCCCGUUGUUCACUGUUGCUCACGUGUGGCUCGUGAUCGUCGUCGCAGUGUACGCUCGAGCUCGACGGCACUAAAUAUGGCUUGGCUUGCGGCGCUGUUCGUGCAAAAAUGCUGCCGGUGGCAGUUAAGUGACGGUGCCUUUUUUUGUGAGAAGAUGAGGCCGUGCGCAACCCUGCGAAAGCGAGAGGCCCAAGCUCUGUCGUGAACGCGCGCUGUGCGUCGUACGGCACUCCGUAGCCGUCUGCCGAUUUGGUGAUGGCGAUACGCGAUCUGUUUGCGGUAGUUGUAUGUACGCAUACGGCAGUUUUCGCGCAGCCGUGGACGGCUCUCUUGGGCGCGGUCGGUCAUGGCUCACGUUGGUGGUGCAUGACGUGGGCGUUGUCAAGGGACUUAUUUGUUUGGUGUGUUUGUAUGUACGAUGGCAGAAUGUUGUUGCAGUGUUGGCCGACCGCUUUCACAACAUGGAGCCUGUAGUAGAUCGGUAAUGUCGGACAGUUUUCCAAUCCUUACUUUGUUUAACUGCUGUUUGUUUCCGAAGUGUUAUGCAUACAGCAGUACAUGUGCGUACUUUCAUGACCGAUUUUCAACAGCAGGCAGAAUCACGGUUUUGCGAUAAUCUACAGCAGUAUUGGUCUGUCGCAGUGCUUUCAAGUGUGUACUUGCGAGUGAAAAUAUGCGGCACGAUCUUGUUGUUGCGGACGCAUAGCGUUCGUGUAGUACUCAGGUGGGUGUUCGUGUUGUAUCGGCCUGGCGAUUUGGUGGUCCGACAGCAGCUGUCUCCAUUUCCCCCCCCCUCCCUGUUCGUUCGCGAUGACGUCACCGAAGCACAAGCAACAUGUGAUAAAUGUUGUCGCGGUGCUGUUGUUUUACUUCGUGAGCACGAAUACAAACCGAUCCGUCAGCGACGUUCGUCAAUUACGAACUUGAGUACCACGUGUGAUUCGCACACAAGUUGAGUGUGGGCAGUCAUUUUUCACAAGUCUUCCAGAGCGCGAAAAGACCGGAACUAUCUGUGUAGACGAUUGCAUGAAUCCAUCCUGGGUUCGAGGACCAUGCAAUGUGGAGGCAGUACUUCUGAGUGCUUUUCUUGGAAACACCGUUACCGCAGCAUGCAUCAUGCAUACUUGCCGUCUUGUUGCUGUGUGGACAAUAUCAACGGAAAGUAUCCUAGCAAGAGGUUACAGAUGAGCCUACUCCGACCAAGACAAGUUUGCA